AUGCUGGUGGCAGGGUUUCGCACAGAAACAGUAAAUUACCACAUCUAUGAGGAAGAGAUCCCUGGGACUGUCAUUGGGGUCCUCUCUGUACACACCAGGGCUUAUUCACCCGGGAUGGUUCCUAGAAAUUUCCGCCUGAUGAAGCAGUUCAACACCUCUCUGAUACGUUUGAGAGAGGCUGAUGGACAGUUGACUGUCGGGGAGAACGGUAUUGAUCGAGAGCAGCUAUGCCAACAGUCCCAGCAAUGCACAUUGACUUUCGACGUAGUCAGCUUCUCCCAGUUGAUACACGUGGAGGUGGAGGUGAGAGACAUCAAUGACCACUCACCCCGCUUCCCCCGCUCCCCGAUCCCCGUGGAGGUGUCAGAGAAUGCAGCUGUGGGCACCCGCAUCCCCUUGGAGGUGGCGGUGGACGAGGACGUGGGUUCCAAUGCCCUCCAGAGCUUGCAUCUGGUCGAGCCAAACAGCUUUUUUGGCGUGGAGCUGCAGACUCGAGCUGACGGCGCCAAAUACGCUGACCUGUUGCUUCUGCAGGAGUUGGACCGUGAGAGCCAGGCCAACUACAGCCUGGAAUUGGUGGCUCUGGACGGGGGACAUCCCCCGCGCUCUGCCACAGCAGUCCUCAGCGUUCAGGUGCUGGACGCCAAUGAUCACAGCCCAGUCUUCCCACAGGGCUCUGUCAUCGAGGUGGAGAUUUCGGAGGACUCUCCCGAGGGUUCCUUGCUACUCGACAUUGAUGCCACAGACCCAGAUGAGGGUCCCAGUGGUGAUGUAGUAUUCUCCUUUGGUGGACGGACGCCACCUGAGCCUCAGCUCCCUUUCCACUUGGACCCGCGCUCAGGCCGCCUCAUUCUGACGGGACCCUUGGAUUACGAACAAAAGGAGACCUACGAGCUGGACGUGAUGGCUCAGGACCAAGGCCCAGGGUCUCGGGCUUCCACUUGCAGGGUCAUCGUGCACAUCCGCGACGUAAAUGACAACGCACCGGACAUAACUAUUAUCCCACUGGUGGUGGCCAUGAACACUGCCUCUGACACCCCCAGCUCCUUCACUGCCCCUGUCUCGGCCUCCUGGGAGGAACCUGGAGGCUCACAGUCUGGGGUGGCCUCUCUUAUCCCAGAGGGGGCUGCCCAGGAGAGCCUAGUGGCCCUGGUCAGCACCUUGGACAGGGAUUCGGACUUCAAUGGGCAGGUGCAUUGCGCCCUCUAUGGGCAUGAGCACUUCAGACUGCAGCCAGCCUAUGCUGGCAGCUACCUGGUGGUGACUACUGCACUGCUGGACCGUGAACGCAUCCCGGAGUACAACCUGACCUUGGUGGCCCAGGACCUGGGCUCCCCGCCACUGAGCACAAUGAGACCCUACACGGUGCGCGUGGUAGAUGAGAACGACAACGCACCACUCUUCACGCGCCCCGUCUACGAAGUGUCAGUGCAGGAGAACAACUUCCCGGGUGCCUAUCUCACUACAGUAGUUGCUCGGGACCCAGACCUGGGCCUUAACGGCAAGGUGACCUAUCAGUUGUUGGAGACUGAAGUAGGUCAGGAUAGGGACCUAGUGUCCACUUACGUUUCCGUUGACGCGGGCAGUGGGGUACUGCGGGCUCGGAGGCGCUUUGACAGAGAGGCACUGGCAGAGUUGGAGGUGACACUGGAGGCACGUGACGGUGGCUCCCCAGCUCAGUUGGGACAGACCCUGGUGCGGUUAGUGGUGGAGGACCAGAAUGACCAUGCUCCAGAGGUGAUUUCUCCCCUCCUUUCCAAUGGCUCAGCCCUAGUGCCACUGCCACGCGGUGCUCCCCCAGGCUUCCUAAUCACCCGGGUACAGGCCCGUGACGAGGACGAGGGUCCCAACGCAGAGCUGACGUACAGCCUUACCUACAGCGACGGCGCCCCCGGAGCGCUGGCUAUGCACCCGAAGACUGGCGAGCUGUCCCUGCGGCAGCGGCUGUCGCCUUGGCCCGCUGACCCUCUGACCUUGGUGGUAACAGUUCAGGACAAUGGGAGGCCAUCUCUCUCCUGCACCACCACCCUAACCCUGGUCCCUGCUCCCGCUUCGCCCCCUGGUGGAUAUAUGGUGCUGGUGCCACCUCCACCCCUGCCGCCGCCUUCCAGAGAGGAGCAGGCAGGCGUGCAGCAGGGGCGGCUGCAGAGAGCCACUGGACGCAGGCCUGACCUCUCUACUAUCUUUAUCGGGGUGCUGGCGGGUGGCUGUGGGCUGUUGCUCUUGGCCAUUGUCACUGUAGCUUCGUCGUGUCAGAGUAGGGGCCUGGUCGGGAGAAAGGUGUUUUUGAAGUGCAGGAAGAGAUCGGAACUGGCCAGCACAGAGAGCAGGACACCUGGCAGCCAGAGGUCACCUAGAGGGUCGGAUAGUAAGGACUCUGAGAACCUCGCGGAAUCCUACCCUCUUUCUGUCACUGAUGAAGUUGAGGAGGAGGAAGAGGUGGAGCCUGUCAGUUUAUCUCAUUCCAGGGACAGUGGGGUGUCCCUUUCUCCCUCACCUCCAGAGAUGCUUGACACUUCCAAGCCCCAGGGUUCAGUUUCAGCUCCUUUUCAUUCUACAUCUCGGUGGCGAGAGGAUAAAUCUGCUGCAAGUUUAGGCACCCAGGCAAGUCCAGAUGAAUGCAGUGUGAAGGACAGUGGGAAAGGAGACAGUGAAUAUAAUGAUAGUGAUUCUGAUAUUGGUGGAGAAAGGGUCAAGAAAACAUCCCUUCAGAUGGCUGAAAAGCAAGCUGCCAGAAAACACAGCGCGUCCCCCGUCCCGCUGAAACGCUAUGGCUCGGUGGCGAGCCGGGAUAAGGUGCGCCUGGAGUGGCCAGAGCGCAUCCACUCCGCCUCCGCCAGGCUCAGGCAGGCUUCCAGCAUAAUAGAAAGGGGAGGCAGACCAACUCUGAUGGCACUCUCUUAG